CGGGGCGCAAGCGGCGGCCGGGCAGCUUCUCCUCCGCGCUGCCGCAGCUCCCGGCGCCACUCCGCGGACUCUGUUCUAUGAGUGCAAAGAUGGAGCCUACUUUCUACGAGGAUGCCCUGAACGCCAGCUUCGUGCCGCCGGAGAGCGGCGGGUAUGGAUAUAAUAACGCUAAAGUGCUGAAGCAGAACAUGACGCUGAACCUGUCCGACCCAUCCAGCAACCUGAAGCCGCACCUGAGGAACAAGAACGCCGACAUCCUCACUUCCCCCGACGUGGGACUCCUGAAACUGGCCUCUCCUGAACUGGAGCGGCUCAUCAUCCAGUCCAGCAACGGGCUAAUCACCACCACGCCGACCCCGACGCAGUUCCUCUGCCCCAAAAACGUUACCGACGAGCAAGAGGGGUUCGCGGAAGGCUUUGUGAGAGCCCUGGCGGAACUGCACAACCAGAACACCCUGCCCAGCGUUACCUCCGCCGCCCAGCCCGUCAGCAGCGGCAUGGCACCUGUGUCCUCCAUGGCCGGCGGCAGCAGCUUCAACACGAAUUUGCACAGCGAGCCCCCGGUGUACGCCAAUCUCAGCAACUUCAACCCCAACGCGCUCAACUCCGCGCCCAACUACAACGCGAACAACAUGGGCUACGCGCCUCAGCACCACAUCAACCCCCAGAUGCCGGUGCAGCAUCCCAGGCUUCAGGCUCUGAAAGAAGAGCCUCAGACUGUACCUGAAAUGCCAGGGGAAACCCCUCCCCUGUCCCCUAUUGACAUGGAGUCACAGGAGAGAAUCAAAGCCGAGAGAAAACGCAUGAGAAACAGAAUUGCGGCAUCCAAAUGCCGGAAAAGGAAGUUGGAAAGGAUUGCCAGGUUGGAAGAAAAAGUGAAAACUUUGAAAGCCCAGAACUCAGAGCUGGCAUCCACUGCCAACAUGCUCAGAGAACAGGUUGCACAGCUUAAGCAGAAGGUCAUGAACCAUGUCAACAGCGGGUGCCAGCUAAUGCUAACACAACAGUUGCAAACGUUUUGAAGAGACUGUCUUAAACGAGAACUGUGAUCUUGUGGUGUAACUGAAACAAAAAAACCAAAAGUGGCAGAUGCAUAAAGCUAAUGGGAAAAGCUGGAAGGCUGAGUCCUGCCUGUGCUCUGCAAAGCGCAUGUGUGGAAAGACUGGCAAGCCUUCAGCUUGAGUUAGUAGUGAAGCGGCCAGCACUGUGCCGAGAAGUGCUGUUCCUGCUCAGAUGAGAUGUCAGAUCUUCGUUUAACAUUGACCAAGACCUGCAUGGACCUAACAUUCGAUGAUCAUUCAGUAUUAAAGGUUAAACUGCAAUAGAAACUGUAGAUUGCUUUAUGUAGUAUUACUUAAGAAAAAAAAAGUGGGAGGGAGGUUUGUGGGAGGCUGAUAAACAAAACAGAACUAUUCUGCCUGCCUUCGAGUAAAUUGUGUAUGUACAUAUCUUUUUUUAUUUUAUUUUAUGAAAGUUGAUUAAUGUCAAUAAACUACUUCAUGACUUUGUAAGUUAUUUUUAUGUUGUUUAUUUGGGCGCUGCCCAGUAUUGUUUGUAAAUAAGAGGCUUUUUUUUAGCACUCUGAGUUUACCAUUUGUAAUAAAGUAUAAUUUUUUAAUGUUUCUGUUUCUGGAGAAAUUCUAGAAGGUUCUAUUAUAUUUAAGAAAAAUAAAAUAAUUAAAAUGCA